CAGCCCCUUGACCCCGUGCUCGGCCCCGGCCCAGGAUGGCUUCCUCCUUCCAGGCCAGAGAAGUCCACGACCGACCUGGUGGCCGAAAUGUUACUCCUGAACAAACUGGCGUCCUUGGAGAACGACGUCUUUGAGACCAAGACGAAGAGAAGCUUCGCGGGGUUUGGUGCACGCCUUGACCGGCUCUCCAAGGGCCUGAAGACCAAGCAGAGGAAAGUCCUGCCGGUGCCAAAGAAGCGGAUUGGGCUCCCCCUGGACCGGAUCGGGGGGAACCGCCUCAGCAGCUCCAGAGGGUAG